AUGUCCACCGAUCUAGAUGACUCUAAAAUCGGGUCUGCUAAAGCAAGGUUUAACGAGAUCGCCAAGACUACAGACGAUGUCUUAGUCAAGCUCAGGGCUAUUGCUCCAAAACCGUCCUUACCAUCUUCCAAGCAAGAAAAAGCAUGCGAAACUCCCAGAUUGCGUAGGAUAGAUUUUCGUCCUCUCGAUAAGGCCUCGCCGAAAAAUUGGUUCGAAGAUUUAGAGAUCGUGUUCCAUGCAAUGGGAGUCGUCGAGCAAAGUUUGAAAUACGCGUCUCUGUUAAGGCUUGUAGACGGCCAAAUUAGCAAUUUGCUGAGUUCCAUUUCAAGAGAACAGCCCAUUGAUUGUUAUUCCCAAGCUCGUAAGAUCAUCAUAGCCGAAUUUUCUUUGUCCAAAUUCGAUCGAGCAAAGAUGUAUCUGUUAGAUUCAUCGCCAGGUCCCGAAGAAAACCUUUCCCACUUCGCAUCCAGGAUCGAAGUGCUGUUCGAAGACUUGUCUUUGGACGAUAUCC